AUGGCGGGCCAGGAGAAGCGCAAAGCAUCCACCGCGCUCAAGUCGUCUUCACCGCCAAACAAAAAGCGGACCGGCAAGUUGGUGAACAGCCGCAAGAAGGGCAAUCCUACCGACCACACCAAGUAUGAGGGGGAGAUCAGCAUCUACUGGGAACGCCAUCGCCAUUGCACGCCUCACUACGUCAACCUACAAAAGGUUCAGAAUCCAUCGCACAAAGCCUCGCUUGCGCUUCUCGAAACAUGCCGCCAGAUCCAUAGUGAAGCUGCGCUGCUCCCGUUCCUUAAGUGCAACUUCGCCUUCGAGUUCUUUGCCGACGUUCCGAUCUUCAUGAAGCGGUUGCUGGUCAUCCAGCAAAAGGCCAUCCGCAGCAUCACCUUCCCCUACAUGACGCAUGUGCCGACUCACGCCCAACAAGUCCGGAUCCUCAAGAAGUUGGCCGGCUUGCAGGAAGUCACUCUCUUCGACUACAACAAUGAACGGAGGACCCUUGAUUGUUCGCAAGCAGCUCUUCCCGCAAUUUGUCGGAUAUUUGAGAAGACCACAUUGACCAAGGCUACGGUGUGCGUCUGCGCUCAAGCAUAUGAGUUGGGGCUGGAAAGCAAGGACGAGAAGACCAUCAGGAUAAAAAAAAGUGGUGGCUUUCUGCGAGAAGCUGGAGGGUCUCCUUGUCAAGAAGCCGGAAUCUGUUGA